AUGGGAGGUUCCAAAGCUACGAUUGAGGUGGCCAAGACGGUCAUCGGGGUGGCAGACGUGGGAUGGACGGCGAUGGAGUUCGGCCACCACCACCUCCACACCCACGAUCAAGAAGAAACCGGUACCCAGGCGAAAGCAGCGGAAUCACUCUCCGUAGAUGACGAAUUGGAGGGCUUAAGAUCCGAGAAUCGACGGUUGAAGUCUUGA